AUGUUCUUGGUUCCAACGCAACAUCACUUCGUUGACAACCAAGCUUCACUGCUCUCUUCAGGCUCGCCCCAGCUUGGAGGUUCUCGUCCGGAAGCCGCUGCCAUCAGCUCGCUUCUAUCCUCCCUCAGCACCUCUAUGGAACGCAGUGCUACCGAGUACUCGCAGUCAGGUUUGCCUUCGCCUUACCCAAGCAACUGCGGCGACACCCGUUCUGAAGGUUCUUCUGCAGAUCACGCAUCUGCUGCGCAAUACCCGACCCAGCAGGAGGUCCGCCCCACUACCUAUUCUACCUCGGCCACUCCCACCUCCGAGUACAGCGUCUACCCGCCUUCUGCGCGGUCAGGAUCCUUCCCUGAACACAUUCAGCGAUCAUAUCAUCCAGCUAGCAACCACAACGGUAGCAGCGGAGGCAUGGCGCAACAAGCAAGCAGUCCGUCUUUGCCCCAGCAAGAUGGCCGUCACCAUCAGGUCCCUCUGGCCAAGUCUGACCACGAUGUACCCAUAGAUCCGUCGAUAGCGGCGCCGAGUCCUACCUACGCGUACGGACAGCACUCUCCCUACGGCCCCCCGCCGGGGGACAUGUCGCACUCGUACCAGCAUGCCUAUCAGCCCCGCCCCGACUGGGCCGGCUACGGUCAACACAGCGCCGGUCCCUUGACACCCGCCAGUCACGUUUUCCCCCCGACGCCGAGCUCCGCCCCUCCUCAGGGACGUCCCAACCAGGUUUACUCUUUCGUUCCGAUCCCCGGUGCCCAGCAGCACAAGCGACCCCGCCGAAGAUACGAGGAGAUAGAGCGCAUGUACAAGUGCGGGUGGAAUGGCUGCGAGAAGGCCUACGGAACGCUCAACCACCUCAAUGCGCACGUCACAAUGCAGUCUCACGGGCAGAAGAGAACCCCUGAAGAAUUCAAGGAAAUCCGCAAGGAAUGGAAGCAGCGCAAGAAGGAGGAGGAAUCGCAGCGCAAGGCCGAGGAGGAGCGACAGCGUCAGGCUGCUGCCGCCGCCGCCGCCGCCGCUCAGAAUGGCUCCGCAGACCCUCAGUCUGCGGCUGAUGGAACGUCGUCGGCCUCGGCGUACGGCACCAGUCGCCAAGUUCAGUUGCCGCCCAUCGGCUAUCAACCCUCGCAGUACCCGGCCCCUCCGUCUGCUGGAGCCGUGGCCCAGCAGCCUCUACCGGAGUACAGCAGCUCGCACAUGUACUCAGCAAACUACCAGCCUCAGUCACCCUACGGCCAGCCCAACCAGAGCAUGUACAGCUCACGUUAG